GUGUGACAAUGUGACAAAUUCGGAGAGCACCCGAAGAGCCUGUGGUUCGAUCAUUUGCAGAAGACAUGUCGGAGGAGGAUCUUAAAAUAUUGUCCUGCCACUUUACUUGGGGCUUGGAAAAGGAAAAUGCUGAUCUUAAUUUCCUUGAUGUGAAAAUCUGUGAAAGACUAGCAGUGCAAUGUGAAUAUAAAGAAAAUGUACAACAAAGAGAAUACAACUUUUUGGCUUACAUCAAACAUCUACAAGGUGUUAAUGAUGAAGCACUAAAGAACUUGGAACUAGCAAUAAAGGAACACACGGGGGAUGAAAAAAAUUUGAUUGUGACGUAUGGAAACUUGGCCUGGCUGCACAGUGUCAUGGGAAAUGUAGCCGAAGCCAAAUCCUACGUAGAGAAAGUGAAAGAUAUUUUUAGAGCUUUUCCUACCCCAUCCCCAACAGAUCUUCACAGAGAGGUCCAAAGUGAAAAAGCCUGGUCGCUUCUUAAAUUCUCUAGAAAAUCCUACAUCAGAGCCAAGGAGAUAUUCUUUGAAGCACUACAGAAAGAUGCAGAUGACCAGGAAUGGAACACAGGCUUGGCCUUUGCUCUGUUCCGUCUGGAGGGACUGGAGGUUGGUGAGGUCAGGCGUGUACGUUUUGAAGAGUCUCCUGCAGUGGUCCAGUUGAAGAGAGCACUGAAGCUGCACCCAGACAAUGCAAUGAUUCACGUAUAUCUGGGACUCAAGUGCUACAAGAACACGAGAAACACUGAGGCGUGGGAAUACAUGAGAAAAGCACUUAAAAUGGCACCGGAUAACCUUGGUGUUGUUUUGCAUGUUGCCAAGUUCAUGAAGAAAGAGCAGUGCUAUGAUAUGGCCCUGGAAGUGUUGCUGCGAAUGCUGAGAAAAGCACCAGACUCGUCGCGUUUGCAUCACGAAAUUGCCAACAAUUAUCGCUGGAAAGCCAUGCAGAUGAAAGACACACACAAUCCACGGUUGCUCAGCCUUUGCAUUCAGCAUUUAGAGAAGGGUGCCAGUUUAAAUCCAGGCUUCAUAUACCCACAGUUGGAGCUAGCUCUAAGAUACGCAGAAGCAAAACAAUCGCAGAAGGCAGAACACAAGUUUCAGGAGCUGGUGGCCCUUCCUGACCUAAAGCCGGCUGAUCGUCAAGCAUGGCAUCGCAUGUAUGGAGAUUUCCAUCUUUACAGGUUGGGUUCAGAGGCAGCUGCAGUUGAGCAUUACAAACAAGGCAUGAUGCUGCGUCGGGUGUCUACUGAAUGGAACAUCUGCAAAAACAGACUGAAAAAAGUUCUUCAGCGUGACAGACGGGACACAUACCAAAUCAAGAAGUUCUUUGAUUCAUUAAAAACAGAGAACCUAUCAGCUGCUGAAUAAAAGAGGACGUAUUUUAUUGCAACAUACCUAAUUCGUUUUUAAAUGCUGUUCCCACUCAUGAAUUGCCCUUAACAGUAUACGAAUACAUCUAUUAUCUCAACUGUCUAUUGUCACUUGUGUAAUGAAGUUUGUUAAACAACUCUGUAACCAGCAUAAAGGAAAUGUUGAUUGAUGUUUAUAAUAUAUUAUAUUUAUGCUUAUUAUAAUAUACGUUUAUUCAAUAUAAAA